UGUGAAGUUUACCAGCUUCGCAGACACAUCAUGCGCUCUCUGCUUCUUCUCCUCUGCCUGUCCCUGGCCAGGACAAAAGGAGCAGCGGCAUCCGACUAUACUUUGCCCUUCAUGGUUAACCUGGACCAGGAACGUAAGGUUUGCCUUAAAUGGGGCUUUGAUAACCAGAAAGGAGAAAUUGAAUUCAAACUGGUUGUCAACACCACAGGCUGGAUAGGCUUUGGCUUUAGUCCGAAUGGUGAUAUGAUAGGUGCAGAUAUCGUCAUUGGGGGAGUUAAUUCUAAUGGAAGCUACUUCACAGAUCGCCAUGGCAUAGGGAAGUUCAAGCCUGUGAUUGAUAAGCUGCAGAGCUACACUCUUCUCUCUUUGACUGAAGUAGACGGUCAAACCAGCAUGUGGUUCCGGAGGUCCAUACGGACGUGUGAUGACGAAGAUUUCGAUAUCACUGAUGAUCCCAUUAAGCUGAUCUAUGCUUAUGGAAACACAGAUAAUAUCGAGUACCAUAAUAAUCGCAGAGGCACCAAGGAGGUCAACCUACUGAACUAUAUGCCCAGGACUGUCCUUUCUAACCCCAGCUAUCUCAGUGCAACAGUGGUCAAUAUCACUGUCCCCCCCGUUCAUACCUACUACCACUGCAAGGUCAUGAAGUUUUCAAACAUAAAUACGAAACGUCAUAUAUACCGGAUUGAGCCAGUGAUUGAGCACCAUGACAUUGUUCAUCACAUGCUUCUGUACAGCUGCCCGUCCACUGUGAGGGUGACGUAUGACAAGCAGUGCUUCCAGGGCGACGCUGGCGACGCUUGCUACGGCGUGGUGGCCGCAUGGGCAGUGGGAGGAGGGGCGAUUGAGCUUCCAGAGAAUGCAGGUAUCCCUGUUGGAGGUGAUGGCAGAGAUAUUUACUACCGGCUGGAAAUCCAUUACAAUAACCCACACCUCCAUGCAGGACGGACAGACAGUUCAGGACUAAAACUGUACCAUACAGCCCAACUCAGGCAGCAUGAUGUAGGCAUCCUGACCACAGGUGUGCUGCCUUUUUCUAGCAUGGUGUACAGCAUCCCCCCAAAAGCCUCUCAGUUCCUCACCUACGGUGUGUGUAAUACCUCUCUCAUUACACAGUCUAAUGAUCCGGUGCCUGAUCUCCAAAUGUUCGCUGUCCUGUUGCACACUCACCUGGCUGGGAGGAAAGUCAGAGUUGCCCAGUACAGAGACGGAAAGCAGAUUGACUUCUUAGCUGUGGAUGAAAAUUACAACUUUGAGAUGCAAACGAUUGUCAGUUUGGGAGAAAUCAAGACCAUCAAGCAGGAUGAUGAGAUUGCAGUGGAGUGCACCUAUAACACAGUUGAUCGCACUAAUGUGACUAAGAUGGGCAUAGCAACCACUGAUGAGAUGUGCCUGGCCUUCUUAUUCUACUACCCAGCAAUCGAGAUCACAUCAUGUAUCAGCCACCCAAUUACGAUGUCUCAGUCAGAUACGAGCAACCAAACAUCCACUGAGACUUGGGACCAUGAUACAAUUACUCAACAGGAGAAUUUGCUAAAAACACUGCCACAACUUCAGAUUAUCUCUAAUAAUGAGUACAACCAUACAUAUUACGACAAUGGCAUCAUCAGAGAGAUGAUGGAGACUCCAAAACCUCAGUCUUGUCAUUACAGCAAUGCGUCAAAUAGACUCUACACUUCCUGGCUUAUGGACCCAGCAGGAAUCAUGCUUUUGCUCGUCUGGAUUGCAUUAAUGUAAAGUAGUUAUUGGAGCAAAAAAUGCAAUCCAUUGCAACGGUGAUAAAGGAAGGCACAGUGGAUACACUCUCAUUACCAUUUUUCUAAAUGUUUUUAUUGUAUAUCAUUUUACAAUUUUAUUGUAAAUCAUUUUGAUUUUGUAUUUUUCUAUCUUUACAUUACAUGUAACUUCUCUUUGGUAUAACCAAUUAUUUGUGGAUUGGAGUCGGCAACUGAGAUUUAUAUUGCUACCUUAUUUUAAACUCUGUUUUGUAACAGUGAUGCCCACUGCUUUAUGGGCACAUUUUACAUAUACUAACUUUUUCUGUUUUAAUAUGAAUAUGAUAGUGUUUUUAUUAACAGGGUCCCAGUAAGCCAUAAGUGACAAACAAGUACUUUAUUUUAUAUAUGUCUUAAUUAGUCAUUGCCAUAUACACAUAUGCUGUUUGUUGACCAAUACAAAUACAUCACCUCUUCAUAAUCGUUCAUUUAAUAAAAUAAAAAUAAAUAUGUUAA